GGAUAAGCUAGUACAAAAAGAAUGUAUAUAAAGAAUGUAUAUAAAUAAGGAAGGGGAUAGGCCCAAUAUAUUAGAAAGUCAUUGCCCAAAAAAAAGAUAAAGACCGUUUCGACAUCAAAAAGAAAUUACUGUAAUAGUGGAUUCGGUAUUGUAACUUCCCCAUUGUUCUAUCUCCGAUUCAUAACUAGAGCAUGCAGCCGAUAAUGGAGACAGAGAUAUAAAAAGUGUGCAGUGAGGGUGCUCGUAGAUCUUAGUGGUCUACGAUCAGUAGGUAGCCAGUCUUUACUUAACUCGGCCCAAGCGCCCAAGCAAUGCCCAAAGACUCCCAUGCCUUUCUUGGUCGGACCAACCCAACCGGCUAUUUCCGACAAGUCUCUCUUUUUUUGGGGGGGAGCAGAGCAGUCAAAGAAUGAACCAAACCAAAUGAUUGUUCUAGAAUGGCUAUUCCUCACAAUUGCUCCUUGUGAUGCAGCGGAACCAUGGCAAUUAGGAUCUCAAGACGCAGCAACACCUAUAAUGCAAGGAGUAAUGGACUUACAUCACGAUAUCUUUUUCUUCCUCAUUCUCAUUUUGGUUUUCGUAUCACGGAUCUUGGUUCGCGCUUUAUGGCAUUUCCACUAUAAAAAAAAUCCAAUCCCGCAAAGAAUUGUUCAUGGAACUACUAUCGAGAUUCUUCGGACCAUAUUUCCUAGUAUCAUCCCGAUGUUCAUUGCUAUACCAUCAUUUGUUCUCUUAUACUCAAUGGACGAGGUAGUAGUAGAUCCUGCCAUUACUAUCAAAGCUAUUGGACAUCAAUGGUACCAACCUUAUGAGUAUUCGGACUAUAACAGUUCCGAUGAAGAGUCACUCACUUUUGACAGUUAUACGAUUCCAGAAGAUGAUCCAGAAUUGGGUCAAUCACGUUUAUUAGAAGUGGACAAUAGAGUGGUUGUACCAGCCAAAACUAAUCUACGUAUUAUUGUAACACCUGCUGAUGUACCUCAUAGUUGGGCUGUACCUUCCUCAGGUGUCAAAUGUGAUGUUGUACCUGGUCGUUCAAAUCAGACCUCUAUUUCGGUACAACGAGAAGGAGUUUACUAUGGUCAGUGCAGUGAGAUUCAUGGAACUAAUCAUGCCUCUACGCGUGCGCCCGGAAACAUAGGCCGACUGCUGAGCCCACUCUGGCUCAGCCGCACCACCCGGGGUGCAAGCCACCCGAGAAGCAAGCUAUUACAGCGAGCGGCUGGAGCUGUAGGGAGCCGAGGAGCAAGGCAGUAGAUAAGAUAGAAGAAGGGGCCAGGCUCCCGGUGGAGCAGAGGAGACGGUUAGGAUAACGAACUUGAAACGCGGAGCCCGAGCGGUCGGCGAGCGAGUGGUUAGUGGCCAAUAGCGCCCUAGUUGAUGACAUUCCUCUCUGCGGCUGGCACUCGAGGAACCACAGGGCACUCCAUAAAGAGCAAGCAAGUCUUAGGGAUGAGACGCCCGCGCAAGGACCUCAAUUCUCAUUAGGAGGUCGAACCAAGGACCUAUGGAAGUCGGGGCUACCCCGUCCCCAUGGGCAACGCAACAGUGUCCUGAGGGAGGAGUUUAGAGGCCUUAUAGUAGCACGGACUUCUUUUUCUUUCUAGGUCAUGCGAAGAGGGCCAGUCCAAGAUCGUACUGUUUCUCUACAAAGACAACAGACGCUCUCAACGGCUAGGCGCCACUCUCUUUCUGAGUUAUUCCAGCUUCUUCAUUCUUUUGUGCCGCGGUGAACAAACAAAACAAAAAAGAAAAAGGGUCGUCUCAGCGGAAGGAGAAGGACCUGCAACGGCAAAGACUACUGACCCUCUUUUUGUUCCUAGCCGUCUGUUACGAGUCCGGGAAGCCUGGAAUCCUCAAUAUGAGGGAUCCCUCAAAAUAGAGAAGGGCGGGCAGGGUGUUCGUAGAUCAGGGAAAGGCUCAGGAAAGGAGCAGAGAAGGGGUUGUGCGCCCUCCGCCCCAUCUUACUAAUAAUAAUGAAGGGCUUUGAUGCCAGCAAGCAAGCACCCUUGUAGUUGUUGGGGAGUAGGGCGUUAAGCACCUUGUUUUUUAGUAUAAAAAUUAGAAUAAUAAAAAGAAGAAGCUCCCCUUUGAAUAAUAAUAAGGUAAGCUUUCAAGCCAAGCCUUCCGCUGGUUUUGGCUUGCCCCUUGUAUAGGUUGGAGCUAUGCUUAACGCCCUUAUUAUUAGAGAAAGGGGAAAGGGUGGUCGUAGAUCAGGCUGAUCGAAGAUCAGAAGUGCUCGUAGAUCAGGCUGAUUGUAAAUCAGGGUGCUCUACUACGAUCUUAGGCAGGCUGAUUGAAGAUCAGAAGUGCUCGUAGAUUAGGGUGGUCGUAGAUCAGGCUGAUCUUUGAUCAGAAGUGGUCGGAACGAUCAGGGUGCUCCCCUACAAUCUUAGGCAGGCUGAUUGUAAAUCAGGUUGCUCAUAGAUCUUCAGAGGGCUGCUCGCUUUCUCGCUUCCGAAAGGCGAAGGGAGCCUGACUUACGGUUUCCAAGCCUGGCGCGAAGUGAAGGGAUUGGAUUUCACCUAUGAUCAGAUCAGUGGGCAACCAUAGUUUACUUUUUUCGUGGUGUUGUUGACGUUGUUGAAAGCUAAUUUUAAAGUAGGCCUCGCUUUUCGGAGCUGCUCCCAGCUCACACUAUGGUGGAGGAGGUGCCGUGAAGAUCUAGGAGUGUGAGCAGUACGAGCUGAAAGGCUCCCAUACUAUUUGGAGGGCAGGGGGCAUAGAUGCCAAACAAACCUGACCCCUAUCUAUCGUCGUAGAAGCUGUUCCUAGGAAAGAUUAUGGUUCUCGGGUAUCCAAUCAAUUAAUCCCCCAAACCAACCAAACCGGGGAAGCUUAAGCGGAAAUGAAAGAGUAGGGUGAGGGAAAAGGGGGGAAGCCACUAAAUUGAAGGCUUCGCUCGCUCGCUCUAACGCUUGUUUAGUAGACAGCGAGUGGAGUGCAUAAGCCCCUUUAGAGAGAGGGGCGAGUACUACACGAGCUCGUAAGUCAAGUACGGAACGAGCCUUGUCUACGAAGCAGAGCGACCUCGUCUUGCUUGCUUAUGGCGAAGCUUCUAGCACUAGAUAAUAGGCAUUCUGGUAUGGUAGGAAUACUAGUCUUUAGGCCGACCACAAUACAAGUCAUGAGCGAUAGCGAAGCCAAGCCGUAUAAAGGCGAGCAACCCUUAUAGCAAUAGCAAACGGCCUACUUAUAGCCCCAUUUUUCCCCUUUUUUCGGGGACUUCAACGGGCCUGUAAAGCUCAUAAAAUGCUGAAUACAGAUCUUUCUUUCUUUCUCCCCUACAUGGAUAGAAGUAGAUAAAGGGGAAUUCAUUCUAACUCUCGCAGGAUGAAAAAAAGUAAAAGAUCUUGAGAAGAAAAAAAUCCUAUUUGACCACUAUACAUUGCUAACAUCAGAAAAUGUAAUAAUGGGAAUCCCGAGUAACUGGCCGAGCCGCUAAAGUAGCUAAAGUGGUGAUCAAUCCUGUCAGUAAAAUAGGUCCUAGAGAGAGUCCAUCUAUUCCCAAUUAUGAAUUUGAUUUGCGGGUAAGUUGCCAAUGCUUCUCCAGUGAGUGAGAAUGGAAAGAACCUAAAUUUGAAGUAGUCAUUUCAAGCCAGAGAAUGAAUGACUUUCUCGGAAAAGCUUUCCCACACUCAGUUUCUCCACCUAAUAACUAACCACAUGAAAACCAUGCAAUGCAGCUCUAAGGGAGAAUCUUUCUUAUAUAAGAAAAGAUCAAACCACCUUGUAUCUGAAAAGGUGGAAUUUCAACAUGUGUUGUGCGCGCAUUCCAGAAUGGAUUGGCUUCAAGAUAGGUAGCCCCAAGGUUCUAACACCAUCAGAUUGGAGCAUGAGCAAGAGAAAGAUUGAGCUAAAAUAGUAAAGACUCUUGCCAUUUUCUUUAGGGCUAGGGAAGAUUCUUUGAGGUGGAGGAAAAACUUUAAGUUCGAUUAUUUCCAUUCCGGCUGUGAUUCUUGUUUCAGUCGUAGAGCUCUUUCCUUUUUCUCUUUGUUAGAGAAUGGUAUGACUAGCCCUUGCCUCUUUGUCAGCUGGCUUUCGUGAUUGAAUACGGGAUAGGAGGAAUGGUAAAAAGAGCAUUCAAAUCUUAGCUCCGGCUAGCGGGAAAGAGACUCAUUCAUAAAAGAAUAACCCAAGAUAGCUUACUUCCCGGAAACAGAGUUAGAUAUAAAAGGGUUACUACAAGAUGGCAUCUUUCUCGGCCUAGUGGUCCUAGCUGGUGUAAUUCAUUUGAUUUUUCCUAGGUUUCACUCGAACGAAGGGGGGACCACUCAAGUCAAACUAUCGAUCCUUUCGCUCGGGACAACGGACUUCAUCCACAAGCUUUCUUCGGCACCUUUGGUAUCAGGCAGCAGAAGGGGUUUGAUCCGAUCCAUCGAUAGGGGUCUCAUGUCUGUCAAUCACAGUAGCGCUGUGGUUCAAGGUGAAGGGAGAGUGCUGAACCGCGUAAUGCAAAAAAAGAAAGAUGAGAUUGACACUUACCCCCUACCCACGCCUACUUCUUGACUAAACCCGCUUCCCCUUUCCUUAGCCUAGGAUUCAGAGUCAACUACGGAGGUCGGUCUCUCUCUGUAAGCGCUUCGCUUUUUCCUGAUUUAUUGAACAGGUGCCCUGUGGAACAUGUUUUAUGGAAUGAAACUCUUUAUUCCAUAUUUUUUUUCUUACUGAU